CUGUAACCUCUCUGGCUCCAAUUAGCUAUGACGUUAGCCAAACUGCAAUCACGAUCUGCGGCAGCAGCGGCUGCGGCAGCGGCCGCGCUGCUGCUGGCGCUGGCGCUUGCGGCCGCGCAGCCGACUGCUUCGCCACCACCCGCGCCGCGCUCCCCCUCCUUGACCCUCACGCCCCGCAACGAAACCGGCUCAAACGCAACGGAAGCCGCGCUGGCUGCAGCGGCAGCGGCGCGCGCGGCAGCGCUGCCGCGUCCCGCUACCGCCGGCGGGUCGAACGCGUCCUCCUGCCCACCCGCCAACUUCACCGGCGUGCCGGGGCUGGACGUGCGCGGCUACAUCGCGGCGCCGUGGUAUGUGCAGAAGCAGCUGCCGUUGGACUACCAGCCUCCGGAUGAGCUGUUCUGUGUGAAGGCCGAGUACGAGCUGCGCAACCCCGCCAACAUCUCGGACGGCUUGCUGGUCAGCAACUACGCCAACCGCGGCGGCGUGAACGGACCUUACCAGGGCAGCUCCAAAUUCGACAGGAGCGCCAACUCGUCUCGCCUGAUCGCGCUGCCAGACGACACGCCCGAUGCCAGCGACGGCAAAUUACUGGUUGGGCCUGAGGCGCUGCUCAACCUCACCUUGCCGUCGGGAGCAGCUGCAGGUGGCGCCGCCGGCCUUCCUGGCGGCGGCCCGCCGCCCGCCGGAAAGGCACCAGCAGGCAGCACCAGCGGCGCCGCUGCGGGUAGUCCGCUGUGGCGCGCCGCGUUUGGGCCCUACUGGGUGGUCGCCGUGGGCCCGUCUCAGAACGCGACGCUCAAGUAUGACUGGGCAAUUAUCAGCGGCGGGGCCCCCAUGUAUCCCGGCCUGCCGGAUCCCGACACGGGCAAGCCCCUGUGCACCACCGUGCCACCACCCGGCACCCCAGCCAACACAACGUCACUUCUGUUUCCGGGAGCGCGCGGCAGCGCCGCAGUUGGUGUGCGGGAGCGGCGGGGAGCGGUGGCCGCGUUGGGCAAGGCGGCGAGCCGGCCGCCGGGUCGCAACUAUGAUGUGGGCGGUGAGUGCUGCACCGACAUUGAACGGCUUGGGGGAAAGAGCUCAUCACCUGGCGACCUGACAAUUGACUGCUUGUGAUCGCGGGCAAGAGCAUCGUAUGCGUUUACACGCACGUAUGCAGGCCUGUGGUUCUUCUCUCGAACACCGGUGGACCCCAACGCGACCGCCAUCAUGGAGCAGACAGCACGAAGUAAGCAGGGAUGGUUAGAAGCCCAAAGGGUUUGAAGGCUUGCGGGUUUGAGGGCUUGAAGGGAUGGAAGAGACAUCCUGCCUGCGCCUCGCUCGUGUGUCAUAAGCGGGAUGAGAAGCGGAUCUGCACACGGCACAUGUUCACUACGUGCAGGUCUGGGAUUGGACACCUCCGGGCUGCUCGUGGUGCCGCAAGCGGGUUGCGUCUACUCUACGUCGACCUAAGAAGCUUGCAGGCCAGGGCAGGCAUGGGGCCCGCAGUGAAGGGGUCGGUGGCCAGAGAGUUCCGGUGGGCGACUAGUUGCGUUGCUGUGGGUGCCGGUGCCAACUGUUGGCAUGCACUGCCACACUGGACAGCUGACCACGAGCUCCUGUCUGUCUAUUCUAAACUCU